CAUUGGUUUCGAAAGCUUCACAAUUUACUUUUUACAACAAAAUAAGUCAUUUUUUUAUGGUUGAGAUUUCAUAGAAUUGUUUUAGAACCAUAGGAAAAUCAAAUUCAUCACCGUUUGAUUGUUGAUGUUUCUUUCAUCUUCCUCGUACAUGCACUCCACAGAGCAAGCUUUGAAGCUAUUGAACUUCUAGGCAUACCCAAUUGCCUCAACUUCUAAGCCACGAAUUUGGGAUACACCCAAGAUUCGAAAAGAGAAGAACUUGCUCUAAUUCAAGUUAAAAUCUAUUUUGGGUUGUUAGUUGUAUCAGUAAGUUUCUCACAUCAUAAUCACUUCAUCAAUAGACAUGUCAACCUGUGUGAGGAGAUUUGGAAAAUGGGUUUCUUUGGUUUCCAAGAGGGGAUUUUCCACCACCACCUCCUCAUCCUGCAUUCAAAAGGGUGCUGCUGAGGAAGGUGUGAAAUCAUUGAACCUUUAUUCUGCCAUUAACCAAGCUCUCCACAUUGCUUUGGAUACUGAUCCUCGUGCUUAUGUUUUUGGAGAGGAUGUAAGCUUUGGUGGGGUCUUCCGUUGCACAACCGGCUUAGUAGACCGAUUUGGUAAACAUAGAGUUUUUAAUACUCCUCUCUGUGAACAGGGUAUCGUUGGCUUUGGCAUUGGUCUUGCAGCAAUGGAUAAUCGAGCCAUAGCAGAAAUCCAGUUUGCAGAUUACAUUUAUCCUGCUUUUGACCAGAUUGUCAAUGAAGCUGCUAAAUUCAGAUACCGGAGUGGAAACCAAUUUAAUUGUGGUGGUUUAACAAUCAGAACCCCUUAUGGAGCUGUGGGCCAUGGUGGGCAUUACCACUCCCAAUCCCCCGAGGCUUUCUUCUGUCAUGUUCCUGGUAUCAAAGUGGUCAUCCCUCGAAGUCCACGGCAAGCAAAAGGGUUAUUGCUAUCUUGCAUACGAGACCCAAAUCCUGUUGUAUUUUUUGAACCAAAGUGGCUUUAUCGUUUGGCUGUUGAAGAAGUACCAGAGGAUGAUUAUAUGUUGCCCUUAUCUGAGGCUGAGGUGAUUCGGCAAGGAUGUGAUAUUACACUUGUUGGAUGGGGAGCUCAAUUAUCUAUAAUGGAACAAGCUUGUCUUGAUGCUGAAAAAGAGGGAAUUUCUUGUGAAUUGAUUGAUCUGAAGACACUAAUUCCUUGGGAUAAGGAAACAGUGGAGGCCUCAGUUGAGAAGACAGGAAGACUGCUUAUUAGUCAUGAAGCUCCUGUAACUGGAGGCUUUGGUGCUGAAAUCUCGGCUUCCAUUGUCGAACGCUGCUUCUCAAGGUUAGAGGCCCCUGUAACAAGAAUUUGCGGUCUAGACACUCCUUUCCCUCUGGUUUUUGAACCCUUCUACAUGCCAACCAAGAAUAAGAUAUUGGAUGCAAUUAAAUCAACUGUCAACUACUAAUGAGAUUAAUCACUUUUUUUUUUUUGCCAUCUACAUUAACUUGAUGCCAUCAUCAUAAUGAUCAUUUUCAUUGCUGGUGAUGCAUUAGUGUGAUGCACACCAUGGUGAGAGAGAGAGGAGACAUUUUCGUGACACAAAAUUGUUAAUCCUUUCUGAUGCGAUGGGAAAAAAAAUACUAUGGUGAGAUGAUAUUUUCGUGUGGGACUCGGUAGUAGUAUAAAAUGAAAUAAUGGGAACAAAAUUCACUCUUCCUCCUAUCA